UUUUGCCCAUCACUGCAGUCGGAGAGAACGAAUUCUAUUCUUUUCCACAUUGUGUUAGAUUUAUAUUAUAAAUUUUUAUUUUUUAUAUUUAUAUACCUUUUACAUUUUAUCCAAUUGUAUUUUAUAUUUAUAAUUUGCAUUUUGUUGCGGAUAAUUCCACACGAAACUGGACACUUUUUGAAGUAAUCUCGUACUUUUACGAAAUUUGGAAAUGUAGUUUUUAAUGAUAUUUAAAUAUCACAGUGAAUGCAGCCAAUGUGAGCGUGACGGAAUUGACACAUUACGAUUUUCUGAAUUGUAAUAAUGGCAGUUAAAGAGAAACAAACGGAAAGUUCUACCGAUGAAGUGGAAUGGAAUGUCGAAAAUGAAAUUCAAUUAUUCUUUGCUAUGAAUGGACAUAAGCCUGUUGGUGUUAAUAAAUAUUUUCACAUGGUUUGUAUAUGGGAAAAAUUUCGUGCUGCUAUUCAUAAGGAUGUAUCAUUAAAGAUGAUUUGGGAUCAUUUAGAAUCAAUGUAUGACCUCAUGGCACUGGAUGACAUGGAAGAUUUACCAUUUCCUAGUCAAGAGAUAGAUUUUUCUUUACCAGAACAAGAGUUUCUAGGACCACUUAAAUCUAAAAAGAGAGAAGAACCAGAGUUGAAAUUAAAGGAACAAAGAGAUAAAUAUAAGGAAAUGAGGAAAGACAAAGAUGUUAAAGAUCUGAUGAAGAAGGAAACUAUUCUUCGUGAUCUCAAAGGAACCAAAGAUGUUGAUAAAAAAAAAGAAGAGUUUAAAAAAUACAUUAAGGAUAUGGAAAUGAAAAAAGAUAAACUUAGAGACAUAAAAGAUGUUAAAAAAGAUCACAAAUCUUCUAAAGGCAGAUCAAAGGGAAAAGAUGAUCUUGAAGAAAUAGCAUCAAAUGGGAAAAAGGAACGUAAGGAUUCUGAUCCUGGUCGUGAAAGUUUAAAAAGAGGUCCAAAACGGCCAACCAGGCAGAGUAUGGAUAGCUCCUCCAAAGCAUCGUCAAGUCCGCGCGAUACACCCCCACCAAAACGAAGAAGGAUAUAACAACUUUUUUAAAACUUAAGUUGUUUCUUGCACUCUAUUUCACAAGCAAACUUUGUUUGCAUUUUCAAUUAGAAGUAGAAUGUGACUUGUGUAUAUUCAUGUAUGUAAGCCAUCUAAAGACUUGUAUAAAAGACUAUAUAUCUAUAUAAAUUCGAUUUUAUAAUAAAUUUUGCAUUCAUCUAUUGUAAAUAUCUGCUUUGUAAUGAAAUUUCAAGGAAACAUUAAAUUUAUGUAUAUUAUAAUGUCCAAUGAACCUUCAAUUUACGUGGAUAUAGAAUUGCAGUAUAACUUAUGUUUCUCUAUGCACAUAUUUUGUAUCUAUAUAUAUUUAGAUAUAAAAUAAUGUUUUCUUUGGUUUUUCUUUUCAUAAAAAAAUAAAUAUUUCAUUAAUUUCUAAUAGAAAUUGAAUGUAUUGUAGUAAGGAAGAAAUAUUUCAGCCUUUGGGAAGUCAACGACUAAACAAAAAUUACUUACCAUUAUUCUUAACACAAGCCUCAUCUUUCUUUCUUUAUAUAAUACAAUUUACCAUUCGAAACGAAUUAACCACUUACAUAGAAAAUUUAGUGCAUGCAAAGUGCUAAUAUACAGUAUUGGUUCAAAGCAGUAAAACACACCAGGCAUUGAAGUCUUCAAACUUAAGUUAUCAAAUUAACGAAUAAACGAAAUUAAGUUGUGAAAGUCGGGUAAAAUAAGUAGCGAAUAGUUUGAAAAAUAUUAACCAGUGUUUAUUACAGGAGUCAUAGACAUCUUCAGUGACAUAGAUGUUCUGGAUCGAAUGUGCUUGUGUUAUUGGAACAGUUGUGUGACAUCCAUUUCAAUCGGUGGAAUGAAUUGUAUUGCCAGAGUUGAAUCACUGCUGACGGUAUCAAGCUGUCGUAGAUGAAUCCUUUUAUCGAAGCCUUCUCGCUUCACGUUCCGA